CACAGGUCACCCAAAGCCUCACUCAUCACUUGCCUGUGGCACAAGAGGUGAAGUCUGGUGAGCAAAAUGGGACUCGGAUGGCGAGAUGGCGCUCAAAAGUUCUCCGAAUCCCAUCUACAUCCGUCACUUGAUUUAACUUUAACUCCUCAUUCACUUUCCCGCUGGAGCUGCGGUGCGCUUCUCUCGAAGCCAUCAGCACAUCAUGGCUACCUCAACCUUCAAGGCCACCAACUACUCGGCCGAAGAGUUCGUCGAGAGCUGUGGCGCCAUUCUCUUCGACUUCUCAGGACCUGCUCCUCAAGUUGGCCUCGUCUACUACAAACCCAAAGACGAGUGGCUACUUGCCAAGGGGCGUCGUAACUGCGGCGAGUCGAGACACGCAGCUACUCUCCGAGAGAUAGAAGAAGAGACGGGCUACCGAUGCCACCUCUUCCCAAUUACCAUGCCGACGCGCGCUCCAGCCUCAGCUGAGAAAAGCAGCGUACCCGAUCAGCCACGUCUUUAUCCCGAUCUCACAGAGCCUUUCAUGGUGACCGUCAGAGAAGUAGAUGGCAAAGCCAACGUCAAGAUCAUCUGGUGGUAUAUUGCCGAGGUUACAAGUACGGACCGGGCCUCGGGUGGCGAGGGAGAAGAGGCGUUCACUUCACAGUUCUUCAACACAGAAGAUGCGAUACAGAAGCUGACAUUUUGCAGCGACAGGCAGAUUUUGAAAAAGGCCAUCGACCUGACGGAGGAGCAGGCUUACGAAGGCUCACGCAUCCUGAAUCCUGAUGGUCGCCAAAAGUGAAGGGUUCCACUGUGGAUACAAGUUACCGAAUUCAGAGUCGGUGGCUCCAGGGCACUAAUACUCCACCAUCGGCCAAAAUGGCAAAAAGAACUCGCAGCUUGUGGACAAGCUGUAAUGCACAUGCAUUGGGGCGAACCGGGAUCGAACCGGUGACCUUUCGAUGAUGAGACUGAGGUGUACUUCAGUCGAACGCGCUCCCAACUACGCCAUCACCCCCAGGAGAUUGCAACCAGUCUUGGUGCGAUGGACGGGCUCACUCAUGUCGCUCACUAUAUACGCAGACG